AUGGAUUAUUAUUAUGGUUCUCAGAUUCUCCACAUGGUCUUCUUCCUCAUCAUCAUCACCUUCUUUCUCAUAAUAUCAUUUCAUUGUACCCACAUUAUGAUUGCCACUGAAAGUCCUGUUGCCUCAUUCAAUUCUGCAAACUACUUUAGCAAGGGUGGACUAAAUGAGGUGUCUUUGAGACAAAGCUGUAAAGAUGAGGCAGGAAUUUAUCUUGGAAAGGUAUCAGUGGAGAACGGGAAUGAAGAAGAGAAGGGCUCAAAUUUGGGUAAAAAUUUCAGAUUUUUGCUUGGAUUGAAGAAUUACUUUCAGAGAAAAUCUAGAGAUGUUCAUUCUGAAUUGGAUCCACCAUCACCAUCUCCUGCUCCUGCUCCUGCUCCUUCUCCAGUUCAUUUAUUUUCUCACCACCACCAAAAACCUUCAAAUCAUCACCCUCAUGUAACCCCAACAGCCCACAUAAUUCCCAAGAAAAAGAAAGGGAAAUCAAGAAGAAGAAUCAUCAUUGCAGCAACUGUUUCUGCAGGAGUUGGUUGUUUGUUAUGUGCCAUUGUGCUGUUCUUUGGUUGCAGAAAACUCAGGAAGAAAAGGAAGAAAACAACAAAAACUCAGUCCAUAUUUUGCUCUGUAGCUGGAAACUCAGCCAAAAAGGUACGUUCUGAUCCAGAUGGGCCUGAUCUCUUUUAUCUUGAAUCCCUUGGAGCUGCAUUGGAACCACAACCCUUUUGUCUGAGACAAAAUACAGUCACAACAUUGAAUGCAUGCUCCAGCCAAAACAUUCCAUAUUGUGCUCUGACUGAAAGAUCAGAACCUGAACCAAAGUUUGUCAAUCCAGAAGCUGAUAAUAUUGAGAUAGAAGAAGUCAAGUCUGCUGUUGGUGAAAUUUCAGAAUCAAUUAUUAAUGUUGUACCUGUUCAAGAUAAUGUGAUUCCUGAUGCUGCUGCUGCUAAUGAUUCCUCUGAUGAUGAUGAUGAUGAAUCUUUUCAUUCUUUCUCCAAUUCACAAUCAUCUGAAAAACAUUACUUUAGGUCAUCCAAUGCAUCAGCAGAUAGUUGUCUUGAGUUCUUGGACACCAUUUGUCACAAUGAUUCAAAAGACUUUGAUUCCCUAACACCUUCUCCAUCUCAUUUGACAAAUCCCUCCUCAGGCUCAGCCUCUAUCUCAGAAAUGAACCAAAACUUAAACCAACAAACAAAACCAGCUCUUCCUUCUCCUCCUCCUCCACCACCACCACCACCACCACCACCAACACCUCCCCAGGUCUCAUUUCUGCGUAAAACGCCUUCUCCUUCGACAUCAUCAUCAUCGACAAGGAAGACGUUCAACGGCUCAAUUUCAUCAGCAUUGUCAAAUGCAUCGUCACCUGGGAUCUCAGGUUCACCUUUAGGAUCAGAUCAAUGCCCACGGAGCAAUUUGUCACCAUUCACUCCCCACGGAAUCCCUUCUCCACCAUGUCCUCCUCCUCCUCCUCCAUUUCUACAGGGAAAUUCCAGCUCUAUGAAAGUUCCACCUCCUCCACCAUCCCAAAUUUCUCUGACUCCAUUGGGCAAAGAUGGAAUUCCACUUCCAAAGCUCAAGCCACUUCACUGGGACAAAGUCAGAGCCGCGCCAGAACGGUCCACAGUCUGGGAUAAGCUUAGAUCAAGCUCAUUUGAAUUUGAUGAGGAAAUGAUUGAAUCGCUUUUUGGCUAUAAUCUGCAAAAUUCUCUCAAGAAUGAUGAAGCGAAAUCAAAAACUCCUUCUCCUAGCAAGCAUGUCCUUGAGCCUAAGAGACUACAGAAUAUAACUAUACUCUCCAAAGCUCUGAAUGUGACAGCUGAACAAGUAUGUGAAGCACUUUUGCGAGGAAGUGGCUUAACUCUACAACAACUCGAGGCCCUGUCGAAGAUGGUACCGACAAAAGAAGAAGAGGCGAAGCUGGCGAACUACAAAGGAGACAGCAAUGAAUUAGGCUCUGCAGAGAAGUUUGUCAAAGCAAUGCUUCAGAUACCAUUUGCCUUCACAAGGAUUGAAGCCAUGCUUUUUAGGGAGACUUUUGAUGAUGAAGUGAUUCACCUCAGAAAAUCUUUCUCCAUGUUAGAGGAGGCUUGCAAGGAAUUAAGGUCAAGUCGCCUCUUCUUGAAGUUAUUAGAAGCUGUACUAAAAACAGGAAACAGAAUGAAUGUUGGAACCAUAAGAGGAGGAGCCAGAGCAUUCAAGCUUGAUACACUCCUUAAGCUUGCUGAUGUUAAAGGAACAGAUGGAAGAACCACACUUCUUCAUUUUGUUGUUCAAGAAAUCAUAAGAUCAGAAGGGUUUAGAGUAUCACAAAGCAUAAUGGGAAAGAUCAACCAGAUAAGCAAAGGCAGAAACAAUGAGGACAAAGAAGAAGAAUACAGAAAGAUGGGAUUAGAACUCGUUUCGGGUCUAAGUGCAGAGCUAUGCAAUGUGAAGAAAACAGCAAGUAUAGACCUGGAUGUUCUGGCAAGCUCCGUAUCGAAUUUAUCCGACGGAAUGGCUAAGUUGAAACAGCUUGUGCACAAGGACUUGUCAAUGGAGGAAGACAGAAAAGGGAACUUUGUGCAGUCGAUGAGAUCAUUCUUGAGCUAUGCUGAAAAGGGUCUUAAGGAAUUACAGCAAGAUGAAAACUCUGUUUUGUUGCGAGUCAGAGAAAUUACAGAGUAUUUCCAUGGAGAUGUGAGUAAAGAGGAGUCUAAUCCACUGAGAAUUUUUGUAAUUGUGAGAGAUUUUUUGGGUAUGUUAGAUCAUGUGUGUAAAGAGCUUAGAAGCUCAAAAGCUCCUAAUAAUAGUCCUAAUCCUCUUGCUCCAUUUAGACAGUGUUAA